AUGCCCAUCUGGCCGUUCCGCAAGCGUCGGCGCAGUGCGAAAGACGACGUCCAACAACAGCCUUUGAGUGAAAAGGCGCAGCCGGAGCAGCCACCGACAAGGGCAGCAACAGACCCGUCGCCACCCUCAACUCAACCCAUCGCCAUACCUCGCAAGACGAGUAAACGCGCGGACGAGCAACCACGAGCCGCAACGUUUGACGAAAAGGCCACCGAAGCGUCGUUGAUGAGGUCCAAGCAAGCUCGUGAAGCCUCUCACAAGGAGAAUGUGCCACCGAGCUCGUCGUACCGGAGACACAGUCGCGAGGACAUCACAGCGCUUCCACUGAGCCGAAAACUCGACUCGAGCCCGCAUUUGCGACCCAUUGACUCGGAGCGACCGCACAUUCCUUACAACUUCCGACCGUACUCGACUUCGCAGACUAGCAUUCAACCAGAGCCUAACAUGUCGCCACCACCGCGCCAACCGAACAAGCUGCGAUCGCGUCGUAGCCAGUAUGACAGCGCAACCCCAUCGCGCAGGCAAUCGAGCAAGCGUCGCAAGGACGAUCGCGUGCGCGAAGAGGAGAUUAGAGCUAUGGGAGCGCAGUCGCCUAUACCGAAGAGACCAGGUGAUGGACCUCUUCGCAGGGACAGCAAGAAGAUGCGGAGCUAUGGCAUCAAGGACUCUUACGUCUCCCUACCUCAAAGCGACGACGUCGACUCGAACAUGACCGGCAUCGCGGAGCAACGAGGGUGGGAGCUUGGAAGCUUUGACAUGUUCAAUCCCAGGCCCGCUGUUCGACUGUCGGGGACACCUCAAUACAUCGCGCCGAGCAGCAUGCCUUCGCCUUCCCCGAUCGCAGAGAUGGUGGAGAGGGAUAAAGAGAAGAUGCCUGCGAAGAGUGAGAGGACACGGAAACGGGAGACUAUUGGUGUUCGAGCAGAUGAUCUGGACGCGAGUGAUCUGAGGAUGUUGAUGGAGCGCGAUGCAAAGAGGAGAGAGCAGAAGAAGAAAGAGCAGCAGGAGAAGCUCGAUCGCAAGCUGCGGAACAGGAAUGGCAGGAAUCGCGGUGACAGCGAUAGGAAACGUAGGGAAGCGGAAGAGGAGCGGAGAGAAGAUGAGGCGAAACAGAGGGCAGAGGAGGAAAGGAGAGGGCGGGAGAUGCUGACACCACCUACAGACAUCCACCCAGCGCUGCGGGAUAGAAGCGAGGAUAGGAGGCAGUUGGUGGAUGUGCCAGUUCCAGUACCUCAGACUGAGCCUCCUGCUCGAGAAGGCGCAGAAGAAUAUGGCACUCCUGCUGAGCAACCGGAGAAUCCAUUCACAGAUGCCGCUGUUGAGCAAGAAGCAGCAACACCGCCUGUCGAGCAAAUGCCAGGAGCAUUCUCGCCGGUCCAGACGCCAAUGGAGGAUCCAGUGAUCGAGACGGCACGAGAGAUGAAGAUGGCCCAGACUGCCACGCCACCUCUGUCGCCAGUACGGACCGGAGCCACUGCAUCAAGCCUACCGAAAUCAAUGGACGCCCGCCGCGCGAGCGAGACUCCACUGCCCCCGCCUCCCAUUACCGAUCAGCGAAGGCAUUCGGACCAGAAGAUGGAACGCCGAGCUGGUGCAUGGGCGACGUUCUUCCGCCGUGGUGGUACAAACUUGAGGAAAGACGGCACUGCACCAUCAGAAGCCUCAUUCUCAAACACCUCCAGGGAGUCCAUGCGGAAUCAGCCACUCCCAGCACAUCUCGUCGACACGCAGGCUCAAGCACCGCGCCGCAAGUCCGGCACCCCCGCCCGCACUCAAAGCAAAUUCCGCGAAGACCUCCCGGAAAUGCCUAUCUCACCCCCCGACUCACGCAUGCCCUCCCCAGACGUCACUCUCGUCUCAGCAGCGGCCGCAGCCGCACGCAGAAAAGCCCGCUCCUCCGCCCCCAACACUGUCCCCGAAGACGUCACCAUGCCCGACGCCGACCAACCUAGCAGCUACCGCAACGACACGCCCAUCAGCCCGUCCAUCCGCUCCAACCGCAUGAUGUCCAUGGCCUCGGUGGAUAGCGAAGGCUCCUGGCUGGCGUCUGGCGCUACGAACAGGCACUCCACGCAGUCGGGCGUGAACCGCAGUAUCGGAUCGCUGAACCAGCGCUUCACUGGCAGUUACGAGGAGCUCGGUCGUGAUGCAGAUGGCGAGUACUUCCAGCGUGGUCAGGCGAGUAGUCCGGACACCAAGAGGACGAAACUCUCCACCCUCGCCGCUUUGACCGGCGAUAAUGUCCCCGACGAAGAAAGCGACGAAGACGGCGUCCCCGACCUCUCCAACCCCAGCGAUCCUAUGACGAUGCACGAGUCUGUGCGUCGGCAACCUACUCUCGUCCAUCGCGAUCCGCGCGUCAAGUCCCGCGAAGGCCUGCUUACUGAAUUCGCUGGCGCAGAAACCCCAGAGCCCGAUCCCGAAUCCGCUGCUACGGGCGGCAGGGGCAGUAUGUUCGGUUUUGAUACAGAGGAGGAGGGGGAAGAGGAGGUGGUGGAGGUGAAGCGGGCGGGGAGUGUGGAUUACGGGAGUCGUGGGCACGCGAGGCAGAUUUCUGCGGGGAGUGCUAGGUUGAUUGGGAGUUCGAGGGGUGGGAGGGGGGAGGGGAUUGAGGAGGAGCCGCCGGUUCCUGGGUCGACGCCGCGGUGA